CUGGGUGGGUGACAGGCUGUUUGCCCAGUGAACCAAGUCUGUCAUAUUGAGCAGCUCAGGGUUGGCUGACCAGGACUGGAUGCCUUUGAGCCCCUGGAAGAGCCGGCUGCGACUUGGAUUUAUUGGUGCAGGUCUGUCCUACCUGCACAGACACAACCCCAAUUCCUGUUUCUCAUAACCAUCACUCCCCACCCCAAGGCUAAGUCUUAGGCUCUGGGAAAUAGCCUAAGCUUUCAGAGUAAAUCUAACCCUUCCUUCUGCCACAAUAGGUGGCCCUUCAUUACAUGCAGUAAUGUCACUGACCGGGGAAAGCAGUCUGCUUUUGGAUGUGUAUUUUUCAUGAGACUUUAAAGAGUCUGUGCUGAAUUGCACUGACUUUCAUGCUUUUAUGAGAUAGAUGGUCAUUAGCAGGGUCACCUUCCCCCUCACCUGGCAAACUGAGUCUAUACUUUUUUUGAGGGGGCGUGUCAUAUGUCAUACUGGAGCUAUAAAUCCUCUGGAGGCUCUGGCCUGCAGAGAUAGGAAGAAUUCACCAGUAUUUCUCUAUAGUAGUGAAUGCUAAAAGGGCCUCAAGUGGAAGAAAGUUCCUACUACCCCCUGAAAGUAAAGUCAUCACCUACCAGGGGUUCACACUGUAUUUCUUCUGUAAAAUGCACAUCCCAUGAGCCAUUGGGUUGCUAGAGCUGAGCUAGAACUGAGGAGCUAUGACAGAAAAUCCCUGCCAGUGUUGGGGAAAACAGGUCACAGUGGCUAGGCAGUGAGGUCACAGAGAGGUUUGUUUGCCCCAGACUCCAUGGGGGAGGAGCCUAGGAGGCGGAGGGGCCCUAGAGGUCCCCCAAGCCCAGGCAGGGGACAUGGUGUGGGAAAGGCAGCAGGAACAGGGCCCAGACUAGUGCCAAGGGGUCUGGAGACAUGAGGACAGGAGCAGGGAGAGGGCAGUUAAGAUGGUGAGGAGAAGCCAGAGAUAGAAGCUGCAAAAGUUCACCAGGCUGUGAGGAAGGGGGGGUGUGUGUGUGAAGCGGAGCUGCCCUUCAUGUGGCCCAGAGCCUGGGGGUGAAGAGAAGAAGGGGAGAGGGAACCCUAUUUCUGUUCAGUUGUUCCCCCCAGAGCUGGUGGAACAUAUCAUCUCAUUUCUCCCAGUCAGAGACGUAGUUGCCCUAGGCCAGACCUGCCACUACUUCCAUGAAGUGUGCGAUGCUGAGGGCGUGUGGAGACGCAUCUGUCGCAAGCUCAGUCCUCGCCUACGAGAGCAGGGUUCUGGAGUCCGUCCCUGGAAGAGAGCUGCCAUUCUUAACUACACGAAAGGCCUGUAUUUCCAGGCAUUUGGGGGCCGCCGCCGCUGUCUCAACAAGAGUGUAGCCCCUCUUCUAGCCCAUGGCUACCGCCGCUUCUUGCCCACCAAGGACCACAUCUUUAUCCUUGACUAUGCGGGGACCCUCUUCUUCCUCAAAAAUGCCCUGGUCUCCUCCACCCUUGGCCAGAUCCAGUGGAAGCGAGCCUGCCGCUAUGUUGUUUUGUGUCGAGGAGCCAAAGAUUUUGCCUCAGACCCAAGAUGUGACACAGUUUACCGUAAAUACCUCUAUGUGUUGGCCACUCGGGAGCAGCUGGAAGUGGUAGGCACAACCGGCAGCCGGGUCUGCGACUGUGUCGAGGUCUAUCUGCAGUCUAGUGGGCAGCGGGUCUUCAAAAUGACCUUCCACCACUCCAUGAGCUUCAAACAGAUUGUGCUGGUUGGUCAGGAGACUCAGCGGGCUCUACUGCUCCUCACAGAGGAAGGAAAGAUCUACUCUUUGGUGGUGAAUGAAACCCAGCUGGACCAGCCACGCUCCUACACGGUUCAGCUGGCCCUGAGGAAGGUGUCCCGUUGCCUGCCUCACCUGCGUGUGGCCUGCAUGGCUUCCAACCAGAGCAGUACUCUGUACAUUACAGAUGAGGGGGGAGUGUAUUUUGAGGUGCAUACCCCAGGGGUGUAUCGUGAUCUCUUUGGGACCCUUCAAGCCUUUGACCCCCUGGACCAGCAGAUGCCACUUGCUCUCUCACUGCCUGCCAAGAUCCUAUUCUGUGCUCUUGGUUACAAUCACCUUGGCUUGGUGGAUGAAUUUGGCCGAAUUUUUAUGCAGGGAAAUAACAGAUAUGGGCAGCUGGGAACGGGGGACAAAAUGGACCGAGGGGAACCCACACAGGUGUAUUAUCUGCAACACCCCAUCGCCCUGUGGUGCGGCCUCAACCACUCCCUGGUGCUGAGCCAGGGCUUGGACUUCAGCAAGGAGCUGCUGGGCUGUGGCUGUGGGGCUGGAGGCCGCCUCCCUGGCUGGCCUAAGGGGAGCGCCUCCUUCGUCAAACUCCAUGUCAAGGUCCCUUUGUGUGCCUGCUCCCUUUGCUCUACCAGAGAGUGUCUCUACAUGCUGUCCAGCCAUGACAUUGAGCAGCAUCCCGCCUACCGAGACCUACCAGCCAGCAAGGUGGUGGGGACCCCUGAACCCAGUCCAGGGUCCGGAGUACUCCAGGACCCUGGGGGGACAGCUUGGGCCUGUAAGGAGUACCUCAGCCAGAUCUACAGUUGCUCCACGUUGCAGGACCGCAUGGAAAAGAUGAAGGAGAUCGUGGGCUGGAUGCCCUUGCUGGCUGCACAGAAGGAUUUCUUUUGGGAGGCUCUGGACAUGCUACAGAAGGCUGCUGGAGGGGUUGGACAAGGCCCCCCAACACCUGAGAGCUGACCCCCCUCUCCUAGUCUCAUCCCUGUAGGGAGAAUCUGGCUCUGGCCAAAGGCUAAGGAGAGAUGGAGUGGUAGCAAUGAACUCUGUGCAUGGGAAGGGGGCACAGCGGGGUGAGGACUGCUGGACAUGCCAGGGUGGGGAGGGAACUGUUUUGUAAAAUGUUCUGGGGGCUGCCCAGGUGGGGCCUCCAAUAUUACUAUCAUGGACAAGAGAUUUGAUGGACAAAUAGAAUAAAUGGCUGAAGUGAG